AUGAAUAGUUUAUAUAAAAUAUAUUUACGAUACCAAGCUCUCAAACGUGCCUUCAAAUCUACUAAACUAUAUCUUAAAUAUGCCAAACUUAAAGAAGAUUUAGAAGACUAAAAGCUUAAUAGAAUCUGUGUUGGAGAAGAUCGUAUGGGUAAUAAGUUUUAUCAAUAUUAUUCAUAUUAUGGAUUACCCACUAGAAGAGAAGUAAAUAUACAUAAAAUUAACAUUCUUAGAUUAGGUUUAAAGAUGAUAAAGAAAGAAUAGUUAAUGAUUUAGCAUAUUAUGAUUGGCUAUAUAAACGAAUUGAAUAACCACCUACAGAAGAAUAAGUUGAAUAAUUGUAUGAUCUAUCAUUUCAUAUAUAGCUAUAAAGAAGAGUAAUUGCGUUUUUAAAGAGCAAGAGAAUGGGAUGAAUAAUAAGAAAAAAUGAUGUUAGCAUUUUAUGAACAAAGAAAAAUAAGAGAAGAAUAAUACAAGAAAGCUUAUUUGGAAUAGAAAAACUUUAAUUAAAACCCUGAGGUAUUUACAGAAAUAGCUAAUAAUUCUGAAUUGAAAUAAGAGUCUCAAAAUGAGUAAUGGUAACCAAAAUCAAAGCGUUGA